AUGCAUUUCUCCGGUCUUUUUCUCUCUUUACUUCCCUUCAUAUCUCUUAUCACAGCUCUUCCUCAGCCAGAGACAAGCCUCGAGGAUAGAGAGCUACUCGAUAUUCCAAUCAUUAGCGAUGUCCUCGUAGCCCUCGAUGAUCUUGUUGGAGGGAAGAUCCUUGGCGACAUUGUCUCAUACCUUCUUCUGAAUCCUCUGACCAGUGCUAAAUUCCCCGGUCUCACCACAGUCCUCCAAAGUGCCCAGGAUAAAAAUGUCACCUGCGAAGAGUUUAAUCGGGGUUUACUCUCUGCAAUUCAGCUGCACCCUGCUUUCAUAACCGCUCAUAAUGAGCUGGAUCCGGAUCUGCAAGAGAAAGUCACUGAGUUUAUUAGUGGUAAAUCGGCCUCUAGCAUCAUAGGAAAGAGGGGUUUCUACAUUCCUCCUAGCCCAGCUGCGAAACAACACUUCAAACGAAUGGAGGAAUCCGGAACGACGCCAAUCUCAAGGCGUUGGUUGAAUGCAAAGAGGGAUACAAGUCCUGUUAUCUACGAGGACACAAGUAAUUCUACAUCUCCCAUGACUGUAUAUGUUGCUGCCGAGUUCGAGAACUGGGGUCUCACAGUUUCCAACACUCCCGCAUAUACCUUUGUCCCCACCAAAGUCAAGGGACUACAGAACUUAAUCACCUGGGCGAAGACCAAAAAGCUUAGGGUACGUGCUGCUGGAUAUCGACAUACCUGGGGCGAUAUGUAUUCCGAAACCGAUCAUGUGUUCGUAUCCAUGCUAGAUACGAAAACUGCAACUACUGUCCCUGACCCUUCAUCUAUUCUCCCGAACGCCGCCUCAAAUGCUGCAAAUGAAUUCAAGCAGAUUGAACUAGCAUCAGAAGAUGUGUCAGGCUCCGGUGGGAAGAAACGACUUGUGAGACUUGGUGCUGCAGUAACAAACGAGGAGUUUAGAAGAUGGGCUAUUGCGAAUAAUGCUUGGACAGUACCUGUUAAUGUUGUCAUGGUUGAAAUCACAUAUGGGGGUUCGAAUGCACCUAUAUGCCAUGGGGGAGGAAUUCAGCAUAAAACCCUCAGUGACCUUGUUCGUCAAGUUGAAUAUGUUGAUGUCAACGGCGUGCAUCAAACUGUGUCUGAUCCAGAUCAACUCAAGGCUGCCGCUGGUGCCUUUGGACUUUUGGGUGUCGUUACCCAUAUAACACUUGAGUUAGAUUCUAUGACCUACGCCAACAUGCAACCAGCUAAGCCCGAAAUUGGCCUUACAAUUCCACCACCCGAGGGAUAUACUGUUCCAAAGGCAAUCAGAGAAACCUACACUGAUGCACAGCUCGAGGAAGCAAGACUAGACUGGAUUUCCAAAGCUGAGAACUCUUACUAUUCGGAAUAUUUUUGGUUUCCUUAUCAGGAUAGAAGUUUUGUCAACGUCUGGAAUAAUACCGAAGACUCUACAGGAGCCAUCGAUUAUCCGUCUGCCCCCGAUCAGUUCAACCAAUGGAUCCAAGGAUGGCUCGGAGGUGUCAUUAAUGAUGAUCUACUUUUCCGAGCGUUCCCGGGGCAUUGGCAGGCCGUUAUACUCUCCACCGCUGCAAUGCUUGGUCUCCCAGACUCAGAUGUCAAAACAUACCUAAUCGACGCCAUCCACUUCCGUCGUGGUGUUCAAAACAUGCGAGUCCGGGACAUUGAGCUUCAGAUCCCAAUCCCAGCACUUGCAGAUGACCCAACCAAGCCUGAUUGGACAGUCGUACAAAAGGCAUGGUGGGACGCUAUCGAGAUUGUCUAUGCCGAUGAUAGUGCACCUAUGAGAAUCGCGCUUGAAUUGAGAAUUAUGGGCGACAGUGAUAUAAUCAUGGCACCGCAAACCAGAAACAGUUUUGGGACGGCUAGUAUUGAGGUGUUGACCACCAUGCCAGCUGCAGAUGAUGGCUCAUGGGCUCCAUUCGCUCAAAAGAUUGCAGAUAAAUGGAUGAGCUAUACCACACAAGAUGGAGCGUUGAUCAAUACCCGUCCGCAUUGGGCCAAGGAAUGGCAAGGGAUGACAAUCAAUGGUACCGAUUGGAAGCAAUAUCUAAAGGAUGUUUCAUACAAGGAUGAGAUUCCACAGUUUUUGAAUGUGCUUGGUGAGAUUGGGGCUGAACAGGGCUGGGAGUUGAAGGACUUGAAGGAGCGAUUCUCCAACCCGUUUUUAGAUGAUAUGUUCUUCGAGUAG